AUGUCUAGUGUAACCCCCAUUGCCUUGAGACAGGCGUCCCGAGUCUAUGCUCGUCGACUUUCGUCGACGCAACCUGGCUCCCUUGCCUCUUUCCCGCGGCGAGUGCUCGCCACUCCGUCCAGGCGGACGUACGUCUCCGAGACUAAGGCAGGAAAUGCCCAGGUCUCAGUGGACACUGCCAUCAAGCAAGAACAGAAGGAGUUUGUGAAGCAGACGGGCGUGCCACCCCAGAAGGUCGAGCUCCCCGGCUCUGGCGUCUCCAGUGACGCAUCUAUGAGCCCGACGGCCGGGAUUCUAAAGCAAGCUACAGUUAUGGACCAAGGAACUCGACCGAUCUACCUCGAUAUGCAGGCUACGACACCCACAGACCCGCGUGUGCUUGAUGCCAUGCUUCCUUACCUGACCGGCAUUUACGGCAAUCCCCAUUCGAGAACGCAUGCUUACGGCUGGGAAUCAGAGAAGGCGGUUGAGCAGGCUCGUGAAUAUAUCGCCAAGUUGAUUGGUGCCGACCCGAAGGAGAUCAUAUUUACUAGCGGUGCGACCGAGAGUAAUAAUAUGAGCAUCAAGGGAGUAGCGAGGUUCUUCGGUCGCUCUGGUAAGAAAAAGCAUAUCAUCACCACCCAGACCGAACACAAGUGUGUCUUGGAUAGCUGCCGGCAUCUUCAGGAUGAAGGUUACGAGGUCACAUAUUUGCCGGUACAGAGCAACGGUUUGAUUCGCAUGGAGGAUCUUGAGGCGGCCAUCCGCCCCGAGACGGCUCUGGUUAGCAUUAUGGCUGUCAACAACGAAAUUGGUGUCAUCCAGCCCCUAGCCGAAAUUGGAAAGCUUUGCCGCUCCAAGAAGGUGUUCUUCCACACCGAUGGUGCCCAGGCCGUGGGAAAGAUCCCCUUUGAUGUCAACAAGUUGAACGUGGAUUUGAUGUCUAUCUCUAGCCACAAGAUUUACGGCCCCAAGGGCAUUGGCGCUUGUUACGUACGACGCAGGCCUAGGGUUCGUCUUGAGCCCAUCAUCUCUGGUGGUGGUCAGGAGCGAGGGUUGCGCAGCGGAACUCUUGCUCCUCACCUUGCAGUUGGCUUCGGCGAGGCCUGUCGCAUCGCCAGUCAAGACAUGGAAUAUGAUAACAAGCACAUCGAACGACUGUCGAAGCGAUUGACGGAUGGACUCCUGUCCAUGGAACAUACCACCCUUAACGGAGAUCCUACGCACCAUUAUCCUGGUUGCGUCAACAUCUCCUUCGCCUAUGUCGAGGGAGAGUCCCUCCUUAUGGCACUGAAGGAUAUUGCUCUGUCGUCGGGCAGCGCAUGUACCUCCGCAUCCCUGGAGCCUAGCUACGUGCUCCGUGCACUGGGAAGCAGCGACGAGAGCGCCCACAGCAGUAUCCGCUUUGGAAUCGGUCGAUUCACUACGGAUAGCGAGAUUGAUUACGUUCUCAAGGCGGUGCAAGACCGAGUUCAUUUCCUGCGCGAGCUGAGUCCUCUGUGGGAAUUGGUGCAGGAGGGUAUUGAUCUGAACACAAUUGAAUGGAGCCAGCAUUAA